AGUAUUUGUCCUGAAGUCUCUGGUCUGUGUAAGAUUUUCUUCAGGGGUUGGUCAGUCAUUACCGCUCCCUGGUGGCUUUCUAGAUACAUUCUGAACUUCCUCACCGCUAGCAACAAAGCAAAUGCUAGCUUCUCAAUAUUCAUGUACCGGUUAGCUAAGAUGCUAGAAUGUUAUUAAAGCGAGUAAGAUAAAUAUGCAUCAAACAAAUAUCAACAUUCAACAAGCAUAAUGGCAUAAGCAACCAAGGCAUCACAUGUAGGCACAUAUAUUUUGAUAAAAGCGCUACUCAUUUCAUUCCAGGGGCAAAAUAGUCAUUACACAAUUCGACAUAACGAUCCUCGCACCACUUGCAGACAGAGGGGAACGCCUACAAGAGGUGGAGGCACAACACAGGGACUCGAUAGGCCUACGUUGGCCAACUGAGUCUAGUCCUCACUAGUGGCCAACUAGUCACUCCCCCUAUAGAGCCUUAGGAACAAAUUGAGCUGUGGCAAGAUGAGACAUCAAUAUGUCUGAGAUGACACCUCCCUUAAUAAUUACAUGAAAAUGAAUUACAAGAAACUGACAUGGCUCUUUUGAUACUACUAUUUUAUACUAAUUUCUAUCCAUCUCGUUUCCAAGAAAUCCCAGGUUGGAAAAAUUAUAUUUUUGUCCCUCAAAAUUCUAGACCCCUAACACUCUCCCCCACUUAAAUGGUCGACGUCCUCGUCGACUGAGCUUGUAGGAACUCUUCAAUCUUCUGCGAAUGUUGUUGGAGGUUUGACUCUUUGUGACCUCGGCAUCUCUGAGUAUGUUGCUAACGUAGAAGAUAGGCUUCUGGUUCCCUACCUCUUCUCUCACCAAUACAACACUCACUACUUGCUCGGAUGCUGCCAAAUAAAUUAACAGUUCCUCUCUUGCCAAGGAGCUACUAAGCACAUGCGGAGAGUUAAGAUACUCUUUGAGGUUUCUAAAAGCUUCUUUACAAUCCUCUGUCCAUUCAAAGUCCGGGACCUUCAUAAGCUUCUUAAAGAAAGGUAGGCAUCUUUCUACUGAUUUGGACAUGAACUUGUAGAGUGCUACCACCCUUUCUGUAAGCCUCUACAUAUCUCUUACACAAGUUGGCUCAUGCAUUGCCAGUGUAGCCUCUACUUUCUCCGAGUCCGGUUCUAUGCUCCUUCCACUGACCAUGUAGCCCAAAAAUUUUCCCCAUCUGAUAAAGAAAGCACACUUUGCCGAUUUCAACCUCAUCCUUUAUCAUUGUAAUAUCCCAAAAACCUCUUCCAAGUUGGCCAGAUAUUGUUGGAAGGUCUGACUUUUAACCACCAUGUCGUCAACAUAGACUUCCACGUUUCUCCCUAUUUGAUCCUUAAAGAUCUUAUUCAUCAAUCUCUUAUACAUUGCCCUGGCAUUUUUCAACCCGAAAGGCAUAGCCCUCUUGCAAUAUGUCUCAUCUUCAGUUAUAAAGGAAGUCUUUUUUCGUCUGACCUGUCCAUAGGGAUAUGGUAAUAUCCUGACAUAGCAUCUAGGGACGAUAAAUAGUCAAACCCAUAGAGUCAACCAUUUUAUUAAUAUUUGGGAGAGGAUAACAAUGUUUAGGGCAUGUCUGAUUUAAAUCGGUGAAAUCUAUACACAUUCUAUAUUUUCCAUUAGCCUUUUUUACUAACACAGGGUUAGCUAAUCACUGUGGGUACAUUACUUUCCUAAUAAACCUGGCCUCCUCCAACUUCUGCACCUCUUCCCUCGUGGCUUGUUACUUCUCCUUCCCAAACACUCUCUUCUUCUGCUUCAUUGGUUUGGCUCCGAGGAGAAUGCUCAGUUUGUGGGUCAUCAUCUCGGGAUCAAUCCUUGGCAUGUCUGAGGGCUUUCAGGUGAAACUUGAGGCAUGUUCUCUGAUUAGAGCCAUUGUAACCUCCUUUUGGUCUUUUUCAAGAUCUGAGUUGAUAUUGAAGACCUUGUCACUUUCUUCCUCGGACAAUGGGAAGGUCUCUAGUUUAUCUACCGGUUUAGUCCUAGCCUCUUUUUUCUCAUCUUGGACCUCCAUGAAUUCAAGGUUUACUUCUUCUGGCUAAGUGCUUGGUUCCUCCACUGUGGCCAGGUACACAGCUCUGACCUCAUCCUGUCUUCCUCGGACUACCCCCUACCCCUGCUUCCGUCGAGAACUUCAUAGUCAGAUACUGAAUGUUGGUCACUACUUUAAAGUCGUACAACAUCGACCUUUCCAAGAUGACAUUGUAGUUCAGGGGUAGCUUCAACACGAAGAAUACUGUGUAGUGAGUUUAGGAUAGAGGUGGUUCCUCUAGGGUGAGGGCAUCUUUACUUUCCCUUAUACUACCAUUAGAGUCCCCCCUAUCCCUUUGACUGGAGCCUAGUCCCUGACUAGCUAUUCCUCGGGUAUGUUCAUCUGCUGAAAAAUCCGGUAGGGCAACAGGUUCACCUUGCUGCCAUCAUUUACUAAAACCUUUUGGACCCUAAAGUUGUGGAUGACGGCUUCUAUGACCAAAGCAUUAUCAUGAACCCCCUGAGUAUCCUUCGGAGAAAAAGAGAUGGCCAUUGGGGAAUGCUCCACAAUAUGCAUUACUUCGGCGCUGCUUCCCUCCCCGAUUCUACUUCUCUUCUUUCCUCUUAUGCUCAUACGGCCUCUAGUCCCUCUUACAAUUAUGUUGAUUGUCCCACUGGAGCCGUCAUUCACUAGUCCUCCUGUCUGUCUCUGGGGCCCAACCCCUGCUGCAUUUUGCCGUGGUCUUUGGUCUUUCAGUUUUUUCACGAAGUUCCUGAGGUGUUCUCUCUUAAUGACUCUCUCUAUCUUAUUUAUUAACUAGUGGCAAUUAUUGGUAUCGUGACCAUGAGUCCAGUGGUACUGGCAGUACAUAUUCGGGUCCCUCUUAUUUGCUUCUGCCUUCAUCGGCUUGGGUCACUGUACGAAGUCCUUGUCUUGGACUGCCAUGAGCACUUCAGCUCUGGACACAUUCAGGAGAGUGAUUACCUUGGGAAUCUAGGGUUGAUAGGGUCUCUGCUCCUUCCUCUCCCACCAGUGUUUGUUCAACGCUUCAGGCCUCCGGUUCUGUGUCCUUUCCUGCCUGUUUGGCCGCUAAUCCUCCCUAGUCUUUUCUCUGUCUUCUGCUUCCUUGGCAAAUUUGCUAGUAGUCAAGGCAUCGUCUUGCCUUAUAUAUUUUUCUACUCUCUUCAUCAGCUCUGCUAAGGUGGUGGGCGGCUUUCUGCACAGCGAUUCAAAAAACUCAGGGGAGAUGAUACCUUUCUGCAUGGCUUCUACUGCUCUGGCUCCGUCGAGCUAGGGAAUUUGUAGAGCCUCCGAGUUGAACCUAGCCAUAUAUUACCUCAGAGAUUUGUUCCUUCUCUGCUGAACUGUUUCUAGGUAGCUUAUUUUACUUUCGGUUGGGACCCCGACAAUGAACCUACUGAUAAACACGAUGGCUAGGUCCAUAAAUCUUUUAAUGCUACUCGCCUCUAGGCUAUUGAACCAUGCUCAGGCUAGCCCAGUAAGGGUGGUGGGAAAAACUUUGUACAUAAGAGCAUCCGAAUGGGUCUGUAGCUCAAUGAACGUUUUAUAGUUCAAAACGUGCUCCUAGGGGUUCUGCGUGCCGUCAUACGUAGCCAUUGUCGGCAUCAUGAAUUUUUUGGGAUGGUUUCUUGCUACACACAUCUCACGAAUGGGGAUGAGGUUGGUAGCAGGGGCUGCUGCUGUCUCAUGCCCCCAGCUCUACUAGUAGUUGCUCCUUCAUUUUCUCCAGCUUCUGAUCUAUAUCUACCUCUUCUCUCAUUGGCCUUUUCUCCAAGCAGUAAUUUCUCUCCAACUCUUCACUUUCUGACCUUUAUGUUGGUUCAGAAGAAUAACUUCCAGUCCCAUCGUUCUCAAUAAGCUCCUUUACUACUCGGCCUCUCACUCUGGCCACAGGCUCGUUCCUUCUGUUAGCUUCUCCAUUUCCAUCGCCCAUCCUCCUGUUGCUUUGUUGAGGGGCUUGGUGGAUUAGUGUGGGUUGGGGCUUAUUAACGUUGAAUCCUUCGGUUACUAGUGGUAUGCUCAAUGGGGUACUGAGUUCCCUUUGUUGCAACAUCUACUCUAGCCAAUGAGCAGAGUUUUGGAGUUUGAAGGCCAUAUUUUGUAGCUCAUGAUUAGAUAGGAUGGUUCGAGGCAUGGUCCCUACUGAGCUUAGUAAUGAUUAAACAACACAAGUGGUUCAUUUAGUGGGGCGGUAAAGCUGAAAAAUGAGAACUGUGAUCCUUCCUUAGCAGUGCUCAAAUCGUUUGCAGUGUCUUCGGUAUGGUUUUUGCCGUCAUUGGCCAUGCGGAUCUCAUUGGGUAUGGUGAGGAUGAGAACUCUGAUGACGAAAUAAUCUCCUUCGUUCUCACAAACGAUGUCAAUUGAUGUUCUAAGAUCCAAUAGAGGGUAGGCUUAAGGUAUGUAUUUGUGAACUUGGUUUGGAUGGCUCAUGCCUUCCUCCCUUUAUUCUUUUUUCCUUUUUGUCCUCUAGUGACGUGUAAUUGCCAUCCUGCUACAGUACGACCUGUCAUUAUCAUGCAGGGCCGUACGUACGAAUGUACUGCGUCUGUUUACAUCGUCAGGUGACUAUUUAAUUUCUACUAGCAUCAUGCGGUCAUGAUCCCAAAUAUAUGGGAUCUGUAACCCUAUUGACCCAUCAAGUCAGUUAAGUUGGAUCUCCCGCCGAUGGGCUCGAAUCCUGCUCUGUCCAGCUUAUUUGCAUGAAGUUAGGGCUGCGUGCUAAUGAAUGGAUCCGCUUAGCGAGUUUUGAUGAGGCUAGGAUCUAGCCUUCCUACAUGGGUUAGCUAAAAUCAGAGUAUCUGAGAUCUAAUAGUUAUUGGCUGAUAAUAUAUCACCCCUUAACUCUUUCAAAGAGCAAGAGAAGAAGAGUACUUAAAAGGGAUUCUUUUUUCUUCUUCUUCCUUAAUAUAAUUUGAGUUUUUAUUUUAACUAAGGGUAAUUAGGUAUUUUCAUCAUUAAUUAAUGCUAAAAUUACUACUAAUGAAAGGAAUGUACUUGUAAAUGUAUUUUAAUGUAAUUUUAGAAGUAAAAAAAUUAUUUUAAUUAAUUAGAUUAAAUUUAAAAACACAAUAAUAAUUUGUUCGUUUAUAACUCUAAUUUUUUUACUGUACUUACAGUGGGCCUGGAAUCCAGAUGGGACCCAAUUUGGUUUCAUUGUCCUUUCUCAAAUAUCGAAUUAAUUGUCUAGUCUGAUCCAGUUUUGAAGUAAAAAAAAAAAAUCUAAUUUUGAGCUAAAGCAUUAAAAAUGUUUUUUUUUCAAAUAUCGGUUGAAUUAGCAACGGUCGUAUCGGUUGUUCUCCAAAUGUGUCCAUUCGAGGAUAACGGUCAAUUGAAUUAAUCGAGUCCUUUUCCUCUUGUUUUUUCAAGCUUUUGUAAUUUAAAUAUCCUAAAAAGACGAAAUUACCCCUCUCAUCAACUAAAUAACGGCUAGUUGGAGGGACUUUUUACUGAGUUUAGGAGAAUAAAAAUUCUCGCACACGCUCUAUAAAUACCCCAGUCCAUUUCAAGCUUUUCAAUUUCUUCUCCAAACUUCCAAAACUUGUAUCGACCUCGUAUUGCAAUAUUAGUUUUUCCUAUUUCUUUAAUUCUACACACACCUUCUCAUAAUUUUCUCUUUUCUUAGUCUCCAUUUAAUUUUCUAUACAAGUUUGAAAAAUGUCAGCUGCAUCAAGUUGCGGAUCAAACUCAAAAUUUCACUACUCAGAACAAAGACACGCAGAGGAGUUAGCCAGAUCUGCAGGAUAUUCUACCAAUGAAGAUGUGCUAUUAUGUAGAAUUUAUCUAGAUAUUUUACAAGAUCCCAUUAUAGGUAAACAACAAUCUAGUCAACGUUUUUGGAGUCGGGUGGCAGAAGCAUAUGAAGUUGCAAAGAAUGAGUUUUGGGAGUCCCGCAAUGCACGGUCUUUGCAAUGUCGAAUGCAAGUUAUUGUGAAGGCUAUAAGAAAAUUGAAUGGCUGUUAUCGACAAGUUGAAAACUUACAUCUUAGUGAUGCUUCAGAGCAAAAUCUGCUCAAUCAAGCGAAAACUUUAUUCAUGCAAGAUCCAAGCUAUGAAAAGGGAUUCAAAUUUGACCAUGUUUGGAGCAUGAUGAAAGAUGCUGAGAAGUUCAAAGAUAUUGCAGGAGAGUAUACAUCAUCGGACCGACCUCUUGGUGUCAAAAAAGCAAAAUUGAAGAAAAAAUUUGAUGAAUCUUUUUCAUCCGCUCUGAAAUGCUUUCAUUCGGAUAAUGAAAAGCUUGUCGAAUCAUUGGCAAACGCAACUGCAGAAAGGGAGAAGGAAAGGCUAAUGAGAAGCAGAGCUUUGGACUUAAAGGAAUUUAAAGAAGAAAAUAAAAUUUUACUGCUCGAUUUAAAUUCUAUUUCCGAUCCAAUUGCUCAUGAAACGUUUCGCCAAGAAAAAAUUCGAAUAUUAGAGAAAAGAGCUCAACGUCAACAACCACCACCGUCAUCCGCCUCUAAUGUAUAUGGUCAAUAUCUCAAUGAUAUUAGUGGAUCUAGGUCCAACUUAUCGGAAUAUUAAAUAUUUAGUGUGUUGUUACUGAUUGUAUUUUUAAUUAAUAUAUAUUGUUCA